UCUGAUCCUACUCCUCUCACCACCGGCUAGGCCGCAUGAUCGGAUCUGCAUAUCUGAUACCGCAUAUAUGAUUGAUCUUUCGGUUAUUGAGCGAAUAUGUCGCAUUCACGCAUUGGAUACGAGUGAACGGUGUAAUGCAUGUGCAUUCUGAUUUACUCUUUACGGUGGAAGCAUAUACCGGCGUUCUAUUUUUUUUUUCUUUUUUUAUCCUAUCCUCUUUUUCUCGGAGCAAGCGACCAAGCGUGCAUCAUUCCAUUUGUCAUCACAAAACAUAGACUGGGUUCAAAACGGGGUGGUUGGGAGGCUGUUCAUCACGGCGUUGGUGUAUCCAUAAUCAUGUUUCGAUCGGGGAGGUGGUGUGGCAUUCUGUUGAUGUGCAUGGGGAUUUUUCCCUCCAUUUUUUUUUUCUCUUCUCAUGUUAUGACUAUGAUUGCAUUCUGGGAUGGCAUAUACUACCCAGUUUCUUCUCACCAUGUUUUAGUUAGCAUCGCAUUAGCAUUAGCAUUGGCAUCGUGUACCGGUCAAUAGAUACCCAUGGUUUGGAUGCUUGCCAAUCUUCCUGCAGAGCUUAAGCGUAGAACAUCCCAUUCGUCUGUCAGGACAGCUUGAAGUCAAAACCUGAUUCUUUAACCUCGACCAGUUCUGUUGAACAGGAAUGACUG